UAUAACAAUGUGCCCAAGAUUCUUUCGAUUUAUAAAGAAAUUCCAGAUAAUGUUUGGCAUGAUAAAGAAAAUGAAUACAGAUUUUGGCAAUUAUCAAUUCCAUCUGUUAAAAAUCAAGAAAAAGUGAAUUUUCUGUUUUCCAAAGUUGACAAGUGUUUACAACGAUUUCUUGGACCUACGAUAUUAAAAAUGCAUCGGGACAAAAUUAAUCAAUCAUUAUACUAUACGGCAACUUAUGUUAAUCAGGAUGAAGUUGAUAACUUAAUCGAA